AUGAAUAAUUCGAGUGAUUCUGUCAUCCGAAAGCAGAGUGAUGAUGUGCUAGAUAUCAUGCAGCUAUCGCAACAGCAUUACAGAUCCCAGCAGAAUGCCUCAUCAUCUGAAUCGAUAGGGAUUUUGGUUAUGGGUCUCACCGGUGCUGGCAAAAGCACAUUCAUUUCCCAGCUCACCAAUCAAGACGCUGAGAUAGGGCAUUCGCUAGAAUCAUGUACCACUGAUAUCAUUCCCUAUGAGUUCCGUAGAAGUGAUGGACGGAAGCUUUAUCUUAUUGACACACCAGGGUUCGAUGAUACCAGUACAGACUAUGCGGGGGUUUUCAAGAAGAUUGCAUCCUUCCUCUGCACACUAAGUGAUCUCUUUGGAAGCAGACUUACCAUUGGCGGAAUGAUCUAUGCUCACCGAAUCACUGAUGUACGAAUGUCAGGAUCUUCAGUCAAAAGCCUACGCAUUUUUGAAAAGAUUUGUGGCGAGCAUUGCUUCAAGCAUGUCACAGUCAUCACCACCAUGUGGAAUCUGAUCAAGACCCAAGAAGCAAUCGAUGCAGCAACGAUACGCGAAAACACAUUGAAAGAAAGAGCAGAGUUUUUUGGCACGUUGAUAAGAGCUGAUGCUCGGAUGGAGAGGCACUACGACGAGGACAGCGCACGACAUAUCGUUGAAAUGCUGGCUGACAGGCAAAGACAUUUUUAUCUGCAACUACAACAAGAGAUGAAACAAAGCAGAACGAUGACUUUAGAUAAAACAACCGCAGGGAAAUACAUGGAAGGCGAGCUGGAUAAUAUGCGCAGGAGAUAUGAAAUGCAAAAGAAAGAACUGGAAGAGAGUGCAGAGGAGUCCAACUAUGACGAUGAUUUCAGGAGCGAAGUUUUAGAAGAGAUAAGGGACUGCACAGUUACAGUGAACCGACUGAAAGCUGAUCAAGGCAGUCUUUCUGUGACACUUGAAGACAUGCAGCAUGAGCAAGCGGUAUGGUUUACGAGAAAGCAUGACGAUAUACUUCGGGAUAGGAUAUCAGACGAACAGUCUACCCGAGUGACCUAUGAGCUUCAGCAAAAGGUUCUCAAAUUGGAAAAGGAAAAUAGGCGACGAGACGAGAAGGAAAUUGCUCAGAACGAAAAGAUGGAAGAAUUAGAGGAGCGUAACAAAAGACUUGAGGCUGCUCAGAAGGAACUUGAGGAUCAACAAGCUUUGCGAGAACGUGUAAAAGAAAAGAGAAAUCACCAGUUUGAUUGGGUAGGAAGAAUGCGGGCAUUUCUCGCAUCACCUGCAAAGGAUCUAAGGGAGCCAGUACCAAUAACGCGCCGUGCGGACUCAAUGCCCUUAGAAGCAAAAACAUCAAAAAGAUCAGCCACAAAGCUCACAAGGGGUCGAAGUCAGUCCAGGAACGGCCAAAACGGGAAAGCGAACGCCAAAAAUAUGACCCAUGUUGAGGAACAAGACACAAAGUCAUACUACAUGUCUCUAAGUUCUCAAAACCAACAUAAUAAGGGAUAUGAUCAGGUUCAUCAACUGGGAUACGAUGUAGUUGGGAUUGUGAAUUCAAAUCGUCCCAAGCAUUCACAGCACAGAUCUCUUCCAACUUAUACGCCAAUAACCCCAGGCUAUGCAACUGGCCAAGUUCAAUCACUGCCUGGGCAGGUCAUUAUCGAUCCGUACGGACUGAAACGCACUAUACCUCCAUCUACAGGUUCUCUCCCGCGAAGAUAUGAUGAUACCACACAUACAUCCGUCUGGCAGUCUCCACUUCAAUCUGGCUCAUAUCAUGACAACCAGUAUGACGAACUGACUUCGCGCGGUCAUUUGCAUGCUGACUGUGUCUUGAGGCCCAAUGAUAUCAUAAUCGCAGUGAUGGGUAUUACCGGCUGUGGCAAGACAACGUUUGUGAAUCUGUUUGCAGAGACGCCCCUCGAGGUUGGUCAUGGAUUGGACUCAUGCACAGUAUCAGUACAAGUGGCAACUUGCAAAGCCGAAGACGGUACAAGAUUCUACCUUGUCGAUACUCCAGGAUUCGAUGACACAUAUCGCUCUGAUUCCGAGAUCUUAAGAGAAGUCGCGCUUUGGCUUAACAAAGCACACGUGUCAAAUGUAAAGCUCGCGGGUAUCAUAUUCCUUCAGAGAAUUUCAGAUUUUCGAGUCGGCGGCAGCGGCAUCAAGAACAUCAAGAUGUUCCAGAAAUUAUGUGGAGAAGAUACCCUCGCGAGCGUAGUCUUGGCUACAACAAUGUGGGAACAAGCCGGCGAGAAUGCCGGAAAAGAGAGGGAAAAACAAUUGAAAAGAGAGCCUCAACUGUGGAAGAAGAUGAUAGAUCACGGCAGUAAAGUUUAUCGCCAUGACAGUGGAAAGGCUUCGGCGACCAAGAUCAUCAACUACUUAAUAGCCAGAAAGCGACCAGUCACACUCGACAUCCAACGCGAAAUGGUUGACCAAGCAAAAGACCUCGUUGACACAGGCGCAGGAAGCGAGCUAGCUUCAACAGUGGAACUUUUGAUCAAGAACUACGAAAGAAAAUUGAAAGAUCUAGAGAAGGAACUAAGGCUGGCGCGAGAACAGCAUAACAAGGAAGAUCGGGAAAUUAUAGAACAAGCCAAGAAGGAAUAUCAAGAAGGUCUUACAAAGCAGCGACAAGAAAUGGUGAACCUGAGAAUCAGCUCAGAGCAGUUGAUUGAGGACGCGAGGAAACGCUUCGAGGAGCAAGAAGAAAGACAGAGAGAGAACAUGAAGCUUUUACGGGAAGCCCAUACUAAGGACCUUGAGCAGCAAAGAAUUUUGGUACAAAAACAGUUUAGGGAGCGAUAUCUGCGGGAUAUGUCGAAUGCAGCAUGCGUAAUGAUGUAG